AUGUGCCCUAGAAAUGGGUUUUACCCCCAAAACUAACAAAAAAAAAUGGCUUCCUUUCUGGGGGUUUUGGGACCAAGACUGAAGCAGGCAUCGCUGCUCUGGCUCCAUGGUUUUAGAGACGCUUGCUGUCUCCACAGGGUCCUCAUCUACUGUUUCAGUUCUAAACAGCUUGCGAUACGAACUGGGCAGUGUUUUCUCUUAAACGGCUUGAUUUUCUUAGGAAGUAUCUUGAUCGUAAACUCGGUUGUCAUUCCAACACUACAAUGGAUAUUACCUGAUCAAUGCCCACAUUCUGGUUCUCAAAAAUUGUGCUCAUCUGGUGGUAUUUUAAAACUUUACUCAUUCUUACGUCUUGGACUUCUACAACUCUUCUAUGUAUUUUGGUUCUACCCAUUGUAUGUAUUCAGCUUUAUUCUAAGCAGUUUGUGGUACAGUGACAUUGCUAAAUAUGGUUUUCUUGUGAUUGGAAAAUAUGGGCCUUCCUAUACAGAAAUGCCAAUCCAACCAGAGCUAUCGAGCUCUUCAAAUGCAACUCAGAUGGAUAAGUGUACUGAUAUUGGGGGGGUCGUGAUUGGAAUAGCCGAACAGGUCUAUUCAGUCCUCCUUUUGAGCUUUUUCUUCUUGGAGGUUUGUAUUACAGGAUUUAUACCCUACUUUGGGAAGGCUCUGAAUUUCUUACUUAUUUCCUGGAUGCAUGCAUACUACUGCUUUGAGUACAAAUGGAAUUUCUCUGGAUUGAGUUUGGACAAAAGGCUUGACUUCUUUGAAUCCAACUGGAUAUUUUUUGCUGGUUUUGGUAUUUUCCUAUUCACUGGGCAUUUAAGUGGAAACCCCUGCGUUCUGGCUAUAUUCCUUUUCUCUCCUCUUGUGAGCUACGGGGUCAUGUCUAUACUCUUUCCUCUGUUUGUUCUGACAGCAACAGGUUCAGAUGCUGACAAACUCAUUACUUCUCAAAGAAGCCAAUGGAAGGGUGCAGGUUUGGGAAGGCUUCCAAUAUUUUUUUCUGCAAAUUAUUUCUUGAUUCGAGUCUUGCCUUUCUUCCCCUUGAAACCUCGAGAACAAAUUCAUGAUAACAAGGCAUUCUGAUUAGAAGCGACUAGUUGUGGCACACGAGUCAUGAUUGGUCAAAUGUUAUUUUAUGGAGCAGAUACUUCUUGUUAAAUGAUGUUCUGAGAAGUCCAGCGUGAUGUUUAUAUGAAGUGCCGCGGCUCAAGGUGAAAGGAGGCAGCGAACCAGAGGUAACCAUUCCGUAUUUGUAUCUGUAUCUGUAUCUAUAUCUGUAUUUAUCUUGUGUUUAUAGAAAACAAAGUGUGAUUAAUUAGGUUCUUAUGUACAUUACAGACAAGAAACAAUACAAUGAUCGGGUAAGAGAAAUGAUAUGGAGGAAAAUGUGUCUAGUAAAAUCAUAAUUUUGUCAUUUGGUGGAUUGUGUGGCCCUUGUUGCUUAAUCUUAGGUGUGACUCUCAACUCCAUUGUUGGUCCCUUGUAAUUGCUGGUUUUUUGGGCCUCAUUGGAGCUGUGGAAGUUUCUUAGCUGUUUUUUGGAACUUUAGCCUGUUGUUUGUUUCUCAGUCCCUGGUUAGUAAUUUUUGUUACCGGUUAUGGGACUAGUUGGUUUCGAGUGUGUGUUCAAGAAUGCUAGGGAGGAUAGGAGAGAGAUUGGGUGUCAUCGUAGUUAGGGUUUGGUUUAGUGGAGGUGGUUGAUGUGAGUGUGGUUGUGGUGGAGAGGAAAAAUAUUUCUCUAGCAAGGGUAAAGUUGCCAUUUAGAAGUUUUUGACAGUUGACUUGCGAAAGGACCAUUACAAUAUAUGUAUAUAUAUAUAUAUAAAUAAAAGAAGACACUGAUAUUUCAGGGUCAUGCCACUGUUAUUUUAGAUGAAUAGAGAUAGGAUCAUUGUAAUUUAUACUUUAUUUUAUUUUUUUAGAAGUUUUCGGGUCAUGCCAUUGUAAUUUGUACUUUAGAAGUGAUCUCUAGUGAAACUUACGAUCACAUGUUGGGAAAAGUGAUCUCUAGUUGAUUUUAUA